GGAACUGGGAGGCUGAUUUGUGGAGCGUGGCCCCCAGGCUCCUCUGCCCCCCAGCCCCUCCUCCGCCCGCUGCCGGGGCCUGGGGAGCAGAGCUGAGCAGGGGGAGGGGAAGAUCUACCUCCAUCCCCCUUCCUCCAGCCCUCCCCGCGUUUCAGAUUCAAUUGCACCUUUUAUUAUUUUAACUCUGCUCCCUAGGACACGCGGCCCGGGGAUCUGUCCCUCCAGCCUUCGCGAUCUCUGCUCCCGCGAGCCGGGAUGGGAGAGCGAGGGACCUGCCCGCCGUCGGCCGGCGUGUACGGGGAGGUGCGGCCGCCGCGCCCGCUGCCCGGAGUCUGAGGACUGGUGUCGAGGGAAGGAGAGGCAGGUCAGAGUCAGGUGGAUAGGCUGGCUAUGGUGGCAAGACGAUGCUGGCCAGAAAGAGCAUCAUCCCGGAGGAGUAUGUGCUGGCGCGCAUCGCGGCGGAGAACCUGCGCAAGCCGCGCAUCCGAGACCGCCUCCCUAAAGCCCGCUUCAUCGCCAAGAGCGGGGCCUGCAACCUGGCGCACAAGAACAUCCGCGAGCAGGGACGAUUCCUGCAGGACACCUUCACCACCUUGGUGGACCUGAAGUGGCGCCACACGCUGGUCAUUUUUACCAUGUCGUUUCUCUGCAGCUGGCUGCUCUUCGCCAUCAUGUGGUGGCUGGUGGCCUUUGCCCAUGGGGACAUCUAUGCUUACAUGGAGAAAAGUGGAAUGGAGAAAAGUGGUUUGGAGUCCACUGUGUGUGUGACUAAUGUCAGAUCUUUCACCUCUGCUUUUCUGUUCUCCAUUGAAGUUCAAGUGACAAUUGGAUUUGGAGGGAGAAUGAUGACAGAGGAAUGCCCUCUGGCCAUCACAGUUUUGAUUCUCCAGAACAUUGUGGGUUUGAUUAUCAAUGCGGUCAUGUUGGGCUGCAUCUUCAUGAAAACAGCGCAGGCUCACCGAAGGGCGGAAACGCUGAUUUUCAGCCGCCAUGCCGUGAUCGCCGUCCGCAACGGCAAGCUGUGCUUCAUGUUCCGAGUGGGCGACCUCAGGAAGAGCAUGAUCAUCAGUGCGUCAGUGCGCAUCCAAGUGGUCAAGAAAACAACGACCCCUGAAGGGGAGGUGGUGCCUAUUCACCAACUGGACAUUCCUGUUGACAAUCCGAUUGAGAGUAAUAACAUUUUUCUGGUGGCGCCUUUGAUCAUCUGCCAUGUGAUUGACAAGCGCAGCCCCUUGUAUGAUAUCUCAGCGACUGACCUGGCCAACCAAGACCUGGAGGUCAUAGUGAUUCUGGAAGGAGUGGUCGAAACUACUGGCAGUACCACACAGGCGAGAACCUCCUACAUCGCUGAGGAGAUCCAGUGGGGCCAUCGCUUUGUGUCUAUUGUAACCGAGGAGGAAGGAGUGUAUUCUGUGGAUUACUCCAAGUUCGGUAACACUGUGAAAGUAGCUGCUCCCAGGUGCAGUGCCCGGGAACUGGAUGAGAAGCCUUCCAUCCUCAUUCAGACCCUUCAGAAGAGUGAACUGUCCCAUCAAAAUUCUCUGAGGAAGCGCAAUUCCAUGAGAAGAAACAAUUCCAUGAGGAGGAACAACUCCAUCCGAAAGACCAACUCAUCCCUCAUUGUGCCAAAGGUGCAAUUUAUGACUCCAGAGGGAAGUCAGAACACAUCCGAAUCAUGACAGUCAGACAACCCCGAGAAGGUAUUUAUCAAGGGUGGACAGUUUAUGCAUGACAUUGUCAGACUGUACCAAGCGGCAACACAAUAAUUUGUCCUUCUGUAUCUUAAUGCACUAAAUGAUAUUCAUAUUCAAACAAUAGCACUUUCUGUGUCAAUAAAGUAACACACAAGGUGAAGGAGUCACGGCUUACACUUGUUUCUUACAUGCCAUACUUGUGACGAUAAGCAUAAGUUAUGUAUAGGAAAUUGUGUGGAAUUCACAUAUAAAACAAGUAUAAAAAUCAAAUGAAUAAUCAUA